AAAGAAGAAACAAAGAACAAUAAAUAAAGUUUCUAAAUCGCCACCACCCACACACCAGCUUUGUUUCAUGGUGAGCUAGAGAGAUCUUCGCAUCUCAGUGUUUUGGGGGAUUAGAUAAUGUUACCGGAGAGAAGAAGUACGGUGGUGUCUUCUUCGUCUCCAUAUCUGAAUCCGUCUGGUCAGAAUGAUAAUACUUUUUUACUUCUUAGAAGAGGCAAAAAGUUUGGUGGUCGGAUUGUGAAAUUGAAGCUCUCGCAUGUCUUCUUGUUCUUUGUGUCACUCUUUUUCUUCUCUUGCAUAUUCUCUGGCCAUAGACUACUCUUUCAUGGUAACAUUGGUUCUGAGUUCUUACCUCAUUUUGAGCAGAACACUUACUUGAAAAACCAUAUGUUUGCAUCGGAUAUUGAUAUAGGAUUAAACAAAUCCAACAUCGAAAAACCACCUGGAAGCAAGAAGAGAAACAAGCAUUUGCCUUGUGAAGUUGCACUUGCUGAAUCUGUUGAUCACAUACUUGAGCCUCAGGGUUAUUUGAAUUUUACGCGGUUUUCGUUAGGCUUUGUAGAGACUGAGACAUAUGAUAAGCCUAGGUUUGGAGGGCAUCAAACACUUAAGGAAAGAGAGAGAUCCUACUCUGCAAUAGAUCAGACAGUUCACUGUGGUUUUGUCAAAGGGACUGGAUUUGAUUUGAAUGAAAAGGAUAGGGCGUACAUGAAGAACUGUGUAGUCUCUGUGUCUUCUUGCAUUUUUGGAAGCUCUGAUUUUCUAAGGAGACCUGCAAGCAAAAAGAUCAGUGACUUCUCGAAGCGAAAUGUUUGUUUUGUGAUGUUUGUUGAUGAGCAAACACUAUCGAAAAUUGCCAGUGAAGGUCAUGUUCCUGACAAGCAGGGAUUUGUUGGUUUGUGGAAAACUGUAGUUGUGAGCAAUUUGCCUUACACUGAUAUGCGAAAGACGGGAAAGGUUCCGAAAUUUCUGUCGCAUCGUCUUUUUCCUUCUUCUAGGUAUUCGAUAUGGAUAGACAGUAAGAUGAGACUCACCACAGAUCCUAUGCUGAUUAUUGACUUCUUCUUAUGGAGAACAAAAUCAGAAUUCGCAAUCUCGAACCAUUAUGACCGGCAUUGUGUUUGGGAUGAAGUGAUACAGAACAAACGGCUGAACAAAUACAACCACUCGGCCAUCGACGAACAGUUUAUGAUCUACCGAUCAGAUGGACUUAAGAAAUUUGACCCUUCAGAUCCUAAUUCUCCUCUUCCAAGUUAUGUACCUGAAGGUUCUUUUAUUGUAAGGGCUCAUACACCAAUGUCAAACCUCUUCACCUGCCUAUGGUUCAAUGAAGUUGAUCGGUUUACCUCGCGAGAUCAGUUGAGUUUUGCAUACACAUACCUUAAACUUCAGAGAUCGAAUCCAGAUAGACCCUUACGCCUAAACAUGUUCAAGGACUGUGAGCGUCGAGCAUUAACAAAGCUUUUCCACCAUCGCGUAGAUUCAUCAGCUCCUUCACCUCCUGCUUGAUAGAUUUAAGUAUAGAUUAGAUUUUCUACAAUUUUUGUACUUUUCUCUUCAUUCCACUUCUUGGAAACUUUGAAGGAGAUGAAAGAUGGAAGAGGAACCUAAUUGAAAUGUGUAUGAGCCAAGAUAGAAUCUUAGUAAGUUUACAAACACGAUUCAGUACGGAUAUAUCAAAAGAUACAACAACUA